AUGGAUCCACGCAGCAUCUCUCCAGCCGCUCGGACUCCACCACGCCCGGUCGUGCGCUCGCCCUGCUUCCUGUUCCCACGCUCGUCCUUGGUUCCAUGGCCGGUGCUCCCUCAAGCUUAGUUUCCAUGGCCGUUCGUCCUGGCCGCGGUUCCCUGGCAUCCGCGCGCGCCCAUCUCUCUGCUACCGCCCUCCCAUGGACGCGCGCAGCUCCCCAUCUCCCACGCGCGCCCCUGCUUCCCUGUUCUCUGUUCCCGGUGCCGGAUUUCCUGCGGGCUCCCUCUCCCACGGCCGUCUCCUUCCCCUAGCAAUUGGCUGCCGCUGCAUCACGCCCAGAAAGCGCUCGACCGCCGUUCCCAGCGUCGGCUUCUCCAGUCUGCCCUGGCUCAACGCUUGGACACCGGGUCCACUGUGCUCGUCCGUGCCCCGGACUCCAUGGCGUUCUCGCCUCCAUGCUAGCUCCAGCCGAGUCUUUUUUCCCAUCGAGCUCGCCCUCAACUCUACAGCGCCGUCUAGCCCGUCGUUUUUCUCGUCCAGUGCUCGCGCGGUUUUACCCGAACCGCGCUGCCGUCUCCUAGUUGCCGUGCUGCCAGCACUCACCCAGCUUCCUUGUUGGCCGCGCCUCUAUACUCUACUCCUACCGGAUGUCGCCUCCGUCAGCCUGUCAUCAUUCAGGCGAAUAUCAAAUCAAAUUGAGAUAUGGUGAGCUGAUUCACUAUUUUUACUAUUAGUUUUAUAUUAGUUUUAUGAUCGUGAAAUAAGACGCUUGAUAUGUGUAUAAAGUUUAAGUUAGAAAUACAUGUAACAUCCUAAAUGUCGAUUUUAUGUUACGUCGGGAGAUCUAUCCUAA